AUGCUACCUUCAGGGGUCUUGGCAAUAUCAAGCUCUUCAACAAGUGUUGAUGCAGAAAUCACCGCAAUUGGUCGACGUUAUGACAGUGCACGACACUUUAAAGAAGUAUUACAUGAUUUGGCGAUCAAACGCAACUUCGAUUUUCAUUUCAUUAAAAAUGAUACCCAAAGGGUUACUGUUAGAUGCGCCGAAUUUAGUUGUCAGUGGCGUGUUCAUGCUUCAAAAGAAGGUAAUCUUCCCACUUUCAGAAUCAAUACUGCUAAUGGAACACACACUUGCGGUGGUGGUAUUGGCACGACAUCUCAUCCAAAGGCUUCAAAGAAAUGGGUCAGUAGACAAGUAAUUCAGAAACUCCGUGAUCGUCCUUUGUAUCGUGCAGUUGAUACUCAACGAGAUAUAUUACGUGAUUAUGGUGUUCAUUUGCCCUACAAGCAAGCUUGGGUGGGCAAAGAGUACACAAGAGAGAUUCUUCAUGGGUGUGAUGUGGCAAGCUAUGACUUACUUAUAUGGUACACCGAUAAAGUGUCUAUAACCAACCCCGGUAGCAUUGUCAUCAUCGACAAAGACGGCGAGCAUUUUAGGCAUGGGUUUUUUUGUUUUCAUGCAUCUCUUGAAGGGUUUAAGAGGGGUUGCAGACCUUUACUAUUCCUUGAUGGGACUCAUUUAUUAGGGAAAUAUGGAGGGAUCUUAUUAGCUGCAACUGGAAAGGAUGGUAAUGAAGGUUUCUUCCAUUUAGCUUUCGCUAUUGUCGACAAUGAGACGGAGGAAAAUUGGACUUGGUUCGUAUCAACAUUGGGUGAUGCACUGUAUGGCAAAGACGACUAUGACAAGAUUAUAACAUUCAUUUCAGAUAGAUCCAAGGGGCUUAUAAACGUAGUUAUGAAGGUUUUUCCUUCAUCACCACAUGCGUAUUGCUUACGGCAUCUGCAGGCAAACUUCUACAAAACCAGUAGUGGCCUAGGGAAAGCACUAAAAGAUGAAUGUUGUUCUUUGAUUGUUAAGGUUGCAUAUGCUUACACAUCCGCAGAGUAUGAAGAUGCUGUGCAUGCACUUUCACUUGCAUCCAUUCAGGCACAUAACUGGUUAUUUAAUAAAUCAGACAUGGGUCACUGGUGCAAUUAUUUGUUCAAAGGACCAAGAUGGGGUGAGAUGUAUUCUAAUGUUGCCGAGUCAUUCAAUGCUUGGGUGAAGGAUGCACGCCAUCUUCCGGUGUCCAACAUGGUAGACUCUAUUAGGUACAAGAUUUUGGAAUGA